AUGAAUGCUCUUCGUUCUACAAAGCAAGCAUAUCAUUGGUUUGAAAACCAACAGACAAAAGAACUUUUAGAAGAAUUUCCUCAUAUGAUUGCUUCCCUCGGAAAACUGAGAGAAGAGAUUCCGUAUGAAAAUCGCAAGAAUUUGGCUCCUGGUUUGAAAGGUUAUUAUGUUCAUAGACUUUUAGUAAACGCUGUAGCAAUAUGGGCUUCACCUCGUUAUGCUUGUUAUAUUUUCAUGAUGUUAGAUGAACUAUAUAAAGCAGAACGUGGAGAGAUGGAAAAGAAACUUCAAGCAAAAGAUGAAGUCAUUGAAUCCAAAGACAAAAGCAUACAGAAAAGAAUACCGCGUUCAGUACCAAAAGGAAAGGAAAAGAGUUAUAGGUAUAUGAUAUAUACUGAAGAAUUGGAGAAAGAAGAAGAUAAAGAUAUGGUUAUGUUACAUUUAGUCAGAAGAAACAACAAGAGCUUUUAUGACUUAGCUAAGAUAUAUAAAUCUGACAGAAACUGGUUCUAUCGUGAAAACUUACCGAUUUCAAUGACACCGAAUGAGCAAAUAAAGGAAAUUGUCAAAAAUACUCUUCCUCAAACACACUAUGACAUCAAAGGUUGCACAAUACUUACAUUCAAAGAAGACUUAACAUUACUGAAGGAAAAAAUAACAGAAUAUUUCGAUAACUUCAAAGAGGAAGAAUGA